GGGAGGAAUAAGGGAGGAGCGCGGAAGUGGUGCGGCGACUUGACUGCGUGGCUCGUCGUGUGUGCAGAACUAUAAGAGCAGUUCUGUGGCCGUGUAGCAGGGCAGCGAGGAUAAGAGUUUGAAGGGAAUUAACAUUAGUGUGCGAGACUGCGAGCCACAACGAACAGCAUCGCAGGGAAAAAGCAUGGCUUUGAACCUUACCAUUAACACCAGCAACCCGCCGUUGGGGGCGCUGUUGGCUGCGGAGGCUGUGAAGAGCACUGUGUCUGUGUCGGUGGAGGAAGGAAAAGACACCAACCUGCACAUCUCAGACUCGGUGCAGUUCAGCGAUGUCAACUCCAUCACUCGCUACCUGGCGCGUGUGGCUCCCAGUCUCGGCCUCUAUGGCUCUAACCUGAUGGAGCAGACUGAGGUGGACCACUGGCUGGAGUUCAGCGCUCGGAGGAUCUGCGGCCAGACCGGCCUCACUCCUGCCCUGGAGGAUCUGGACAAGGCCCUGUCCCUGCGCACCUUCCUGGUGGGCCACGGCCUGACCCUGGCCGACCUCUGUGUGUGGGCCGCUCUCAAAGGAAGUGCAGGGUGGCAGGCCAUCAUGUCCAAGCCCGGGCCCUUCUCCCACAUCCGCCGCUGGUUCUCCUUCCUGUCCACCCAGAAACCCUUCACCUCUGUGGGCGACAAGUGGGCCAGCAGCAAGGUCGCCCCCGGCAACGGCGUGGCUGGGGAGAAGGAGAAGGAGAAGAAGCAGGACUUGGGGAAGUUUGUGGAGCUGCCAGGGGCUGAGAUGGGGAAGGUGGUAGUUCGCUUCCCCCCCGAGGCCAGCGGGUAUCUGCACAUUGGGCAUGCCAAGGCGGCACUGCUGAAUCAGCACUACCAGCUCAACUUCAAGGGCAAACUCAUCAUGCGCUUCGAUGACACCAACCCCGAGAAGGAGAAGGAGGACUUCGAGAAGGUCAUCCUGGAGGACGUGGCCUUGCUGCAGAUCAAGCCCGACCGCUUCACCUACACCAGCGACCACUUUCCCAUCAUCCUCCGCAUGGGCGAGCAGCUCCUGCAGGAAGGCAAGGCCUACAUCGACGACACGCCCCCCGACGUCAUGAAGCAGGAGCGGGAGCAGAGAGCCGAGUCUCGCCACCGCAACAACUCCGUGGAGAAGAACAUGCAGAUGUGGAAGGAGAUGAAGGAGGGCUCCGAGUACGGCCAGACCUGCUGUAUGAGGGCCAAGAUCGACAUGGCGUCCAACAACGGCUGCAUGCGGGACCCCACGCUGUACCGCUGCAAGAACACGCCCCACCCGCGCACCGGCUCCACCUACCACGUGUACCCCACCUACGACUUCGCCUGCCCCAUCGUGGACAGCCUGGAGGGGGUGACCCACGCGCUACGCACCACCGAGUACCACGACCGAGACGACCAGUUCUACUGGUUCAUCGACGCCCUCGGUCUGCGCAAGCCCUACAUCUGGGAGUACGCCCGGCUCAACCUCAACAACACCGUGCUCUCCAAGAGGAAGCUCACCUGGUUCGUGGACCAGGGCCUGGUGGACGGCUGGGAUGACCCUCGUUUCCCCACUGUCCGAGGUGUUCUGAGGAGAGGGAUGACGGUGGAGGGGCUCAAACAGUUCAUCGCUGCACAGGGUGGGUCCAGGUCUGUGGUCAACAUGGAGUGGGACAAGAUCUGGGCAUUCAAUAAGAAGGUGAUCGACCCUGUGGCUCCCCGGUACACAGCCCUCCUGGGGUCCAAUGUGGUGCCCGUGUCUGUCCCAAUGGCGUCUGAGGAGAUGAAGGAGGUGGCCAAACACCCCAAGAACGCCGAGGUGGGGAUGAAGGAGGUGUGGUACGGACCCAGGGUGCUGAUCGACGGGGCGGACGCUGAAACCUUCGCCGAGGGAGAGAUCGUCACCUUCAUCAACUGGGGCAACAUCAUCAUCACGAAGAUCCACAGAGACGGCAGCGGGGCCGUCUCCUCUCUGGAGGGCCGUCUGAACCUGGAGAACACCGACUACAAGAAGACCACCAAGAUCACCUGGCUGGCUGAGACCCCCCGAGCCCCCACCACCCCCACCGUCUGCGUGACCUACCAGCACCUCAUCACCAAACCCGUCCUGGGCAAGGACGACGACUUCAAGGACCACAUCAACAGGAACAGCAAGGUGGAGGAGAGGAUGCUGGGAGAUCCGUGCCUGAAGGAUCUGAAGAAGGGUGACCUCAUUCAGCUCCAGAGGCGGGGCUUCUACAUCUGUGACCAGCCCUACGAGCCAGUCAGCCCCCACAGCUGUAAGGAGAGCCCCUGUGUUCUGCUCUACAUCCCCGACGGACACACCAAGGACAUGCCCACCGCCGGCUCCAAGGACAAGAGCAAGAGCCAGUCCUCCGGCAAACCCGUGAAGGCCGAGCCCUCCGCCCCGGCGACAGCCCCGCCCGCCCCCCGCAGCAGCAGCAGUGGAGACGCUGCGGCCGUGUCCUCCUCCAUCGUGGCUCAGGGCGAGACCGUCAGGCAGCUGAAGACCAGCAAGGCUCCCAAAGAGCAGGUGGACCAGGCCGUGAAGGAGCUCCUGGCCCUCAAGGCCCGCUUCAAAGAGCUGACCGGACAGGACUACAAACCCGGCACGGCCCCGCCCGCCUCCGCCCCGGAAACCGAGGCGACCGCGCCUCCGCCCGCCGGCCCCGCCCCCGGCCCCGCCUCCUGUCCGUUCGCCCGGGUGGCCCAGCAGGGAGAGGUGGUGAGGAAGCUUAAAGCGGAAAAGGCCCCCAAGGAGCAGAUAGACGCUGCGGUGAAGCAGCUCCUGGCAUUUAAAGCAGAGUUUAAGCAGCUCACGGGACAGGAAUACAAACCCGGCAUGGCCCCGCCCAGCCCCUCCUCUGCCCAGACCAGCCCCGCCCCUGUGAACGUGAGCCCCGCCCCCCCGAAGGCCGCCUCCUCCUCCGGCGUUUACGAGCGCGUGGCGGAGCAGGGCGAGCUGGUGCGGAAGCUCAAAUCUGAGAAGGCCCCCAAGGACCAGGUGGAUGCUGCGGUUAAGCAGCUGUUGGCUCUGAAGGCGGAGUACAAACAGGAAACUGGGCAGGACUACAAACCAGGCGUCGCCCCUCCGACAAGCCCCGCCCCCGCCCCUGCACAGGCCAAGCCCGGCCCCGCCCCCCAGUCCAGCCCCGCCCCUGAGGCGAAGGCCUUGUUUUCUCAGGUCGCCCAGCAGGGGGAGCUGGUGAGGAAGCUGAAGUCUGAGAAAGCCCCCAAGGACCAGGUGGACGGUGCGGUCAAGGCCCUGCUGGACCUGAAGGCGCGGUACAAGGCCCUGACCGGGGAGGAGUACCGGCCGGUGGCCGCCGCGGGCCCCACGGGGGCCGGUGGAGCCGAGGACAAGAGCCGAAAGGACCGGGAGAACAAGUCUGAGAAGCAGGGCGCGGCCGGGGGCGGGGGCCGCAAGCAGGGCGGGGCCGACAAGCCCGCCCAGGGACAGGACUCCGCUUCGGGAGGGUCCGGGGAGGGCCAGGGCCCCAAAAAACAGACACGACUGGGCCUGGAGGCUAGGAAGGAGGAGAACCUGGCUGAGUGGUACUCUCAGGUGAUCACCAAGGCGGAGAUGAUCGAGUACUACGACGUGAGCGGCUGCUACGUGCUGCGGCCCUGGUCCUUCGCCAUCUGGGAGACCAUCAAGGAGUUCUUCGACAGGGAGAUCAAGAAGAUGGGCGUGGAGAACUGCUACUUCCCCAUGUUCGUGUCCCAAGCGGCCCUGGAGAAGGAGAAGACCCACAUCGCCGACUUCGCCCCCGAGGUGGCCUGGGUCACCCGAUCGGGGAAGACUGAGCUGGCCGAGCCCAUCGCUGUCAGACCUACCAGUGAGACAGUCAUGUACCCUGCCUAUGCCAAGUGGGUCCAGUCGCACAGAGAUCUGCCCAUCAAACUCAACCAGUGGUGCAACGUGGUGAGGUGGGAGUUCAAGCACCCGCAGCCCUUCCUGAGGACCCGCGAGUUCCUGUGGCAGGAGGGCCACACCGCCUUCGCCACCAAGGAGGAGGCUGCAGAGGAGGUGCUGCAGAUCUUGGACCUGUACGCGCGGGUCUACGAGGAGCUGAUGGCCAUCCCCGUGGUGAAGGGGCGGAAGACCGAGAAGGAGAAGUUUGCGGGAGGAGACUACACCACCACCGUGGAAGCCUUCAUCUCAGCCAGCGGGAGGGCCAUUCAGGGUGCCACCUCUCAUCACCUGGGGCAGAACUUCGCCCGCAUGUUUGAGAUCAUGUUCGAGGACCCCAAGAAGCCGGGCGAGAAGCAGUUCGCCUUCCAGAACUCCUGGGGCCUGACCACUCGCACCAUCGGGGUCCUCACCAUGGUGCACGGGGACAACCGGGGGCUGGUGCUCCCCCCACGCGUCGCCUGUCUGCAGGUGAUCGUCAUCCCGUGUGGGAUCACGGCCUCCCUCUCUGAGGCGGACCGGGACGCCCUGCUGGCCCAGUGCUCCAAGUACAUCUCCCUGCUGCAGAAGAGCGGCCUCCGAGUUCGGGCAGACCUGAGGGACAACUACUCCCCCGGCUGGAAGUUCAACCACUGGGAGCUGAAGGGCGUGCCGGUGCGGUUGGAGGUGGGCCCUAAGGACCUGAAGCAGGGCCAGUGUGUGGCGGUGAGGAGGGACACAGGGGAGAAGAUCAUCCUGCCUGAGGCUGACACGGCCGGCCGGCUGCCACAACUGCUGGAGGACAUCCAGAGCAAUCUCUACCAGAGGGCGUCUGAUGAUCUGAAGAGCCACUUAGUGGUGGCAGACAGCAUGGAGGACUUCCAGAAGCAGCUGGACCAGGGCAGGAUCGUUCAGAUCCCCUUCUGUGGAGUCAUGGAGUGUGAGGACUGGAUCAAGAAGACCACUGCCAAGGACCAGGACCUGGAGCCCGGCGCCCCCUCCAUGGGAGCGAAGAGCCUGUGUAUCCCCUUCCAGCCCCUGAAGGCUCUGUCCCUCGGCCAGAUGUGUGUGUGCGGGAAGCAGCCCGCGCAGUUCUACACCAUGUUCGGCCGGAGCUACUAAAGCCCCCUGCCCACCCCCUGUCUCUCAGGGCACAUGCGUGCCGCUCCGCCUUCCGUACCUGCCCCUACAGAGAGGCCCAAACGCCCUCCUCCCUCUAACCGUAACUUUCCGUUUCCUCCAGUACGGAAACUGUGUGUGGUCGUUUUCUCUCCCUGUGGUACACCCUCUCUCCUCUCUGUCUGUCUGUCUGUCUGCCCCCCCGCCCUGCCACACUCAGGACUGUACAGCUGGAGCUUUGGAAAGGCACACACACUCAAGGGAGCCGAAACACAAAAUAAGCCUGGGGUAUUUGGGGGGUUAGUUCUGAUGCCUGUAAUCCUGUAGCUGCAAGGCCCUAAGUUUCCUUGUGAUAGGUGUAUUGUCAAGAGAAUAACACCAAGUUGACAUUCAGUAAAAUGUAUUGCAUUGUGUAAUUGAGCUGAAAUGUAACCUUUUUUGGUUGUAAAACUCACCUGUAAUAAAGACUGGAUUCUCAAUA